GCCUCUUCCCCAACAGGUCCAGCAGCUCCUCACCCCCACUUUCGGUUUCCCUCCAUGCUCAAAACUCCUUUGAUCUCUCCUCCCUUGGUUUCACGCAAUCUGCCAUCUUUUUCUCCAUGGGUUUCUUCUCCGGCGACCAUUCCUUCUUUCUUGAGGCCGCCGGCGAACAUCUUCAUUCUCCUUGUCUUGCUCCUGUCGCGGGUUCCAAGCCUUCGAUCUCAUCAUCUCCAACUCCCUUCCAUGUCAAACCCACCUUCCAAACCAUUCCCGUGGCCCAGCAUGACCCACGCCGACGAGUGAGCAUCGGAACCGGAGAGAGGAAAGCCAGAUUUACCAACCAGCAAUGGCGGUGAUGUGCACGCGAAACCCCGGCGACUCGGCGAAAUAUCAAUCGUCAUCCAACUGAAACAGAUCUGCAAACCAAAUCUAUGCUAGCUACGGGUGGGUGACGACAGAGUGAAUUGGGCGUGGAUGAAGGCCCAAGUGCAUUUCCAUAUUUUUGUAAAAAAGGAUCAACAUUGGAGAGGCCCAAAUGCCUUGCAGAUUCGGGAAACAGAUCUGAAGAGCCCAAAACCGUGGAUCCAAAUGGCCCGGAGAGAUUGAUUCUAGAAUGUUCUUUUUAGGGUUUUUAGGGUUUUUGAUGUUUGGGUAUAAAUAGGUGGUUUUAGGCUAGCAGAGAGGUCUUUUGUUGAGUGAGUCUGGUGUUGACGGCGGAGAAAAGGAGAAAUUUUUCUGCUGAAAGGGGCUCGGUUUUUGUAUUCAGAGGUUGACGGAGACUGAAAAGAGGGCUUGUUUGCUGUGUCUGCUUCGGUUUAGGUAAAUCUUUGAACAGAGGAGUUUUCUGGGAAUGGUGGUGAAGGGGACGAUGGGAGCCUGGUCUCGUGGGUGGGAUCCCUCCCAUCAGAUCUGGAUCCAUUUUUACCAGAAAACUCUGCCUUGGAUGUGUUGCCUUGUUGUUGAUUCCUCUAUUUUUUUCCAUUUAAUGUUUAAGGUUAUAUGUAUUUUCUUGAGAAAAUGAAUGAAAGAUCAUAUAUUUGCCUGUUUAUUUGCUUGAU